AUGGCCGCCGUGUCCGCAAUGCCGACCGAGCGACCGAGGAAGAUGAUCAAGUACGGCAGGACAACAUCACGCUCAGGAUGGAACAAUAGGCAGCAGGCGGACGCUUGGUUUGACGACGACGACAACGCCAUGCCAGCGCGCAGACUGGCAAUGACUCGCGAACCUGCCGUGACCGCGACAUACAAGGUGCAGAAGCCGACACAUCAUCCCGCGCAGACAGCCCAGGAAUAUCGGGAAGCGAAGAAGAGCGCACCCAGGCCUGUGGCGAAGCGUGUCAAGCAGCAUGACAUGUUUGACGUACCGUCGUCUGACGAGGAGCCCGAUUGCGACUUCAUAAUCAAGCGGACUUCCCCGCCAAAACCGAACGUUAGGUCGUCAUUGCGGGACGACGCUGACGACAGGACGGAGACCCUUGCGCCUUGGGAGCGCGAGCUAGAGAGUGCUGGACUUGGAUUAAGAGGUGUCGGCGUUGUGGAUGCAAUGCAUGCGAUGUUGUCUCCGCCCCGGGUAGCGGAGGAGCCAAGCAGAGCUGCUACGGCUACAACUGCUUCUCCAGCUGCGAGCGCUCAUGCGUCAAUGACAGCUGCGGCAAGACUUACAGCUAGGCGCAACCGUACUGAUGUCAACGCCUCCGCAAACGCAACGUCUAACAAACGAAUCGCGACAGCAUCGAGGGAGGACGCCGAAACACCCCGAAAGAAAGCUCGCAGGCAGGAACCCUCGAACACUGAGCGCGAUCCACCUGUCCUGAACAACCAGCAUGCAAAGGCUCCAGUCGCCAAGCCCGGUGUGCACGACCCAGACAUUGACGUCUACGAUGUUCCGCUCGAUGACGAGCUUAGUACGACCUCUCGCUCCGCUCCGCUUUCCGCAAGCAGAGUUCCACGACCUCGGCAACCACCAUCGAAGACGCCAAUGCCGAAGCAAGGCCUUUCGGCGCCGGCUCGUCUUGCGGAAAUGCUACCCGUCGAAGCAGAAGAUGACGAAGCCAUCACGAUGUCGCCCACCGCCACGCCGUGCACACCACGGCGGAGUGCGACCCCUCACCAGGCACCUGGGAAACCUGCGACAGUCGUUAAGCGUGCAGGCGCAGUGACUCCGAAGCAGCGGCAGCUCUGGAGCCAGCUGCUGCCUAGCGAUGCUACAGCACCUUCGCCCAGCUCUCUGGCUAUGAAGGAGCUCACGCUUAGUGGGCGAGCACGAACAGUUGGGAACGCAGCGUCGCUGGUCAGGACACUGACGAAGGCAAGGUCUGAUGUUCCUGAGCUGCAUCGACGGAGAACGCGCGUAGUCGACCGGCUUAAAGCGUCGGUUCGUGAGGAUACAGUCGAGUCUGACGAAGAUAGCGGGAGCGCAGAUCAUGACGAACCAGCCCUCAAUUGCCUAACAAAACGCCAAAAUUCUACUCAAUCAGCGGUCAGCACCCCGGACACGACAUCACGGAGCCAGGGCCACAGCCAGACACAAGCCGCGCCAUCGCAGGCUGGGCCGCGCAUCACAUACGCAGCAGUACGCUCGCACCUCCAGGAUAGUAUUGAAGACAGUGUGCUGUUCGACCCUUCGCCCGUCGCGCCUCCUAAACCCAGCUUCGUCCGACAAACCAGCAAGCAGCGCAAAGUGUCGCAGAAGUCUACCUUCGACCUCGACGACAGCGAUGAGGAAGGCGGGACGAGCCAAGUACGGAGCAUCCAUGAGCUCCGCGCCGCCGGGCGCAGUAGACGCUUUAUGGAGGAGACCGAGGCUUUACUCGACGAGAUUGCCGAUCAUAGUAUCAGUGCGAGAAGCCGGAGACGAAGCGCCCUCGUGGAGCUUGCCACUAAGCUCAAGGAUAGAGCUUAUGUAGAGCGCUUUCUCAGCCAAGGCUACGAGCAUAAGUUAAUUAUCGAAUGUUCUGCGCCGCCGGACGAGGUGGCGGAUUUCGUGCUUGCCGCUGCUUUUGCACUGCCGCUUAACGGUGAGCUGCCGGAGCAUACCGUGAGGGCGUUGAAGAUGGGCGUGAUAACUUGGCUUGCCUCUUUGUUAACAGUUGACGUGCCGGUUCGGAAGAUGAUGAAGGAUCGCAAGCAUAACAUCGCGAAGGCUGCGCAGGCUGCGUUGGUCGAGUUCGCCCACUCGCUAGCCACUCAUCUCGGGCUCAAUGCAUCAGACCAACAGGAGCCGUUAACGCUACGUUUGGUGGCGCUUCUGGCACUUGACAAAUUGGUGGGCAAGCUACGCCAUUUGGGCGACACGACAGAGCUACUGGAACAUGAUCAGCUACUGCAGGUGUUGCGUUACGAAGCUGAAACCGAUGAAUUCCACACGCACGCCAUCAACAUCGCAGUCUCCCUGCUCGAGUCUUUGGCAUCCUCAGCCAUGAUCCUGGAUUGGCCAUCAGCCCUACUCGCCCGUCUAGCGUCACUGCUACCAACCUUGGCCAACUCCGACAAUAUACCCCAGCACACACUUUUCCUAGCCCUGCGGCUAACCCUCAACCUAACCACCGCCAACACUACCCACUGCAACGCCUUCGCCAAAACCGAAACGAUGCAAUACCUUCUCCACUCCAUCAACACCGGCUUCGCUCACCUCAACACACCACCCACCGUCAACGACCAGCCCACCUCACACCACGAGCACACACUAUCCCACGACUUCCUCAUCCUAUCCCUAGGCAGCGCAAUCAACCUCGCCUCCUCCUCGACAGACUUCCGGGCCUUCACCAUCUCCUCCCCAAACGCCCUGACAGCAACCACAAACCUGACAACCACACUCCAGCAGGCGCAAAACCGCAUGUCAGACGCCGAGACUCUGCCAGAAACAACCUCCAAUAUAGCCUACGGCUACUUAGCCGUUCUCCUCGCGAAUCUAUGUCAGACUCGCGAGGUGAGGGACUUCAUUGCUGCGCGGCUGGAGCGGGGGAGGUUGGAUGUUUUGGUGCAGGCGGUGGAGGAGUUUGUGGGGGUGCAUGAGAGGGUUGAUUUGAUUGCCGGCGCAGCUGGGGUGGGAGGUGGAGGUGGGAUUGAAGGUGGGAUAGGAGGUGGAGAUGGGGCUGUGAUGUUCGAGGGGCGGGAGGGAGCGGAGGUGAUGGGGGCGUUUACGGAGAGGUUGAGGGGUGUGCUUGGGAGGCUGAGGGAGGUUGCUGGGGUUUGACGAAGAUAUCACGAGGACUGAGGAAGAGGGUAUUAUAAUGUUGACCCUGAGAUGCUGUAGAUCUGUAGCCAUGUGCACACGAUCGUGCUAAGCCUGUACGUCUGUCAUGCGCUUCAUUCGAGUAAUGAGGCGAGUGUACAUAUUCCAUUGCUGCACACGGUAACUUCGUAUCCACAGAAACGGUAUGGUCAUUCCCGCUAUGGACCCCAGCCCAGCCAACCCCCCAACUCCACGCUCGAAGAAGACAUAUAUUCCGCGUC